AUGAGGCACUGCGAUGUGGGCGCGUUCAGUGCGGCACUGCGAAUGUGGGCGCGUUUCAGUGCGGCACUACGAUGUGGGCGCGUUCAGUGCGGCACUGCGAUGUGGGCGCGUUCAGUGCGACACUGCGAUGUGGGCGCAGUUCAGUGCGACACUGCGAUGUGGGCGCGUACAGUGAGGCACUGCGAUGUGGGCGCGUUCAGUGAGGCACUGCGAUGUGGGCGCGUUCAGUGUGGCACUGCGCUGUGGCGCGUUCAGUGUGGCACUGCGAUGUGGGCGCGUUCAGUGUGGCACUGCGAUGUGGGCGCGUUCAGUGCGGCACUACGAGUGGGCGCGUUCAGUGGGCACUGCGAUGUGGGCGCGUUCAGUGUGGCACUGCGAUAUUCAGGGGUGCCCUCUGAUCUGAGGAUAGUUCUGGUGGGGAAGACUGGAGCAGGGAAGAGUGCAACAGGAAACACCAUCCUGAGAAAUGAAGAUGUGUUCAAAGCAGAUGCGUCUCCAGUGUCUGUCACUGCAGAGACUAAGAAGGAGAGAGGAGAGGUGGAUGGGAGGAAGAUUGAAGUCAUCGACACCCCAGGGCUCUUUGACACAUCAGUGGAUGCAGUGAUGAUGAAAAGAGAAAUAGACAAGUGUAUCGAGAUGUCAGUUCCAGGACCCCAUGUGUUCCUGCUGGUGAUCAGACUGGGGAGGUUCACAGAGGAGGAGAGGAACACUGUGAAGUGGAUCCAGGAGAACUUUGGAGCAGAAGCAUCAAAGUACACCAUCAUUCUGUUCACUGGAGAAGAUCAGCUGGGGGGGAAAACAGCUGAGAACUUUGUGAAGAGGAGUGAAGAGCUCCAGGCUCUCAUCGCUCAAUGUGGCGGCAGAUACCACUUUUUCAAUAACGCUAAUAGAGUUGACACCACUCAGGUCACAGAGCUGGUGAGGAAGAUAGAGAAGAUGGUGGAGGAGAAUGAAGAAAAAUACUACACCCAUGUGAUGUUCCAGAAGGCCCAGGAAAUACUGGACUGGGAAAAGAAUCCGGGAAGUGGAGGAAAGAACAGGAGACAGAAUGAAUGGAAAUAUAAAGUGAAGAAGAAGGAGAUGUAA